AACAAAACAACAAUACUUCUACAUAUAAUGAAGAGGUUAUUGAAGUCAAUACAUGUAAUGAAGAGGUUUUUGAAACUAGUACACAUAAUGAAGAUAACAUCCAAACAACAACACAUGACAAAGAGGUCUCUGAAACUAGUACAGGUAACAAAAACAACAUGGAAACAACAACUCAAAAUGAACCAAUGAAUGAACAAGGGGACUCUACUUUGGAAAGAAAUACAACUUCUAGCUCCAAAAAAUUAGCUAAUAUCAGGCCAGAACAAGAACCUCAUGCAGGUAGUUCUGCUAACAAAAAAGAAAACCCAUACUUGCAAGAUGAUGCAUCUAUUACAGAUGGUGUGGGCUUACAAGAAAAUGAUUUAAUACAAGAUGAACAAAAGGGUCCUUUGUCAUCUUCAAUGGAAAUAGACAAUGAUAAAAGAAACUCUACACCAAGUAAAGAUAAGGACCUCUUACCUGACCCAAUAUCAGCACCAUGUGAUGAACUGGCUGCACUAUAUCUUAAUGCAAAACUACAGGCAGGAAACAAAAAUACAGAUAAAAAAGGAAAGAGCUUACAGGAUAAGAACCAAUUAAGGCCUAGCCCUUACAGAAAACAACAUAAUGAGGGACUGCCCUUACAGACCUAA